AUGGGGAUCCAUGGAAUGAUGAGCUACGUAGUGGAGCACAAGCAAUUCUUUGUUGACCUGCAGCUGAGGAACACAAAAGUAAUAAUUGAUGGAAAUAAUCUGUACCACCGACUUUACUUUGAUUCAAAUCUGGACAUUCGGCAUGGUGGGGAUUAUGAUUCUUUCGCAGCUAUCACACACAGGUUUUUUGAAACACUGACUCUGUGCGACAUAAGAGCAUAUGUCGUGUUAGACGGAGGAAGCGAUGUAUCGGAUAAGAAGUUUACAACCUUAAAGGAAAGAGCUCAGGAGAAGAUCCAAUCAGCCUAUUCCCUCUCUCGUGGUGGUGGAGGAAGUGUAUUACCUUUGCUCAUCAGAGAAGUAUUUAAACAGAUCUUAACCAAAUUACAAAUACCUUUUGUGCAAUCCUUUUCAGAAGCUGACAGGGAGAUUGUAUCAUUAGCCAAUCACUGGAAUUGCCCUGUGUUGACUUUUGAUAGUGAUUUUUGUAUCUUUGACCUAAAAGCAGGCUAUUGCCCUCUGAAUUACUUUCAGUGGAGAAACAUUUGUACCCAUAAAGGGUCGCAAGAGUUCUACAUCCCAGCAAGGUGCUUCUCCUUAGAGAAAUUUUGUACUCAUUUCAGCAAUAUGAACAAAACUCUCCUGCCACUUUUUGCAGUGAUGAGUGGCAACGAUUAUAUUAACCUGCCUGCUAUGGAAAUGUUCUUCAACAAGGUACGCCUUCCUGUCGGAGGGUACGGGCAGAAAUUUAAAAAGCACCUCCGUAUUCAGGGCCUUUUGAAUUGGCUGUCUCGUUUUGCUGAUCCUGCUGAAGCUAUGGAAAAUGUACUGCAAUAUAUUAAACAGCACGAGAAAGAGGAAACGAGACGGUUUCUGAAUGCUUCUAUGGAGGAAUAUGUACCGUCUGAGAUCAAUCUGCAGGACUUCUUUCAGAAUGGCAUUUAUGAAUCAGAGGAAGCCAAGAAACUAGAAUUACCUCCGUGGAUUCUUAGUGCUUUAGCUAAGGGCCUUCUUGCACCGUUCAUUAGUGAUGUCCUGGUAUUAAGAAGAACAAUGCUCCACGUUCAGGUAGAGAACAUGCAAAGGCCAAGCAGUCACGUUGCAGCUCUGUCCAUUCGACAGGUUAUUUAUGGGCUAUUGCUGAAUACUUCAGAGAGUUCAUCCCACAGCUCUGCAAGGAAAUAUCCCACUUCGCCCGCUCUCGCCGUCUGUGAAUUCGACCGAUUCCAAAAAGCGCUCAGGAAAUCGAUUGUUCAAACAGCGGCAUUGCCAGGAAGUUUCAGUGGUGACCAAUAUUCUCCGACUGCAUUAAAUGAGGUUCCCGUAGCAGACCGUCUGCUACUUUUGUUGGAGGCCUUGGGAGUGACAGCCGGCGUCCUUGAAGGAGUUCCUGCUCCGCUGCAGCUCCCCGUGGCAGUGACCUGUUUCUGGAUACGGAAUUCGGAACCCAAAGUGAAGUUACAGCACAUGAAGGCUUUACUACUUGGAAUAGUAUUUGGUGAAUUGCACAAAAUACUAAAGAACCCAGAGCCUGGAGCUCGUCAGGCGGAAGUCAAUAAAAUAGUGUAUGGCCAGUUCCUGAAAUGGAAGGAUGGGAAAUCACAGAAGGAAGCACUAGAAUUGGACGCGGCACACCUUUUCUGCCAGUGGCAGUGCUGCCUCCAAAUGGCCUUGUAUCUCAACCAGCUGUUGUCUACUCCUCUCCCCGAGCCAGAUCUUACACGGCUUUACAAUGGGACCCUUGUGCAUAUGCUCUACCAUGACCUUAAGUCGGCAUCCACACCAGAGGAUCUCCUCAGCGCAUCUCCAGAGAUGAACCAGCUUUAUUGCAGCAUGGUACGGGUAGUGAGAUGUGCCAUACCUACAGAGUUCUUCCAGAAAAAGAAGGCCAAGCCCCGUAAGAAAAAGAAUAAGCAAGCUGCUGGGCAAACGCUGGAUAAGAAAGAAGCCCCUACGGUGCAAGUUCUGCCUUCAUGCAGUAUUGACAACAGAUUCACGACAUUCAUGAUGGAAGACUAA